AUGACCUUCAGUCGCGACUUCCUGUCUAUACACAGGUCGCAUCAACUUUUAAAGUCGAUCUGGGAGAUAAGCUGCCUCUGCCUUCCUGGUUUAGUCACAAAAGGGGUGCACCCGGCCUCCAAAGGAUGGCUACGCAGGUUUUUACUGCUGAAGCUGGUGACGGUGCUGCUGUUCCCCCAUGGGGUGGGCCUCCCCCUGCUCCUGGGCUGUGUAUUCAGCCUGCGUGCUCUGUUGCUCCUGCGCUCCCCUCACAUCUCCACCAAGCCCUCCACUGUCCUCCUGAGCCAACUGGCUCACUCAGAUAGCCUGGUGCUGCUGCACUGGGCGAUUCGGCUGGGAGCGACCCUGGGCAAGUGGAUGGAGGAGGCGGGCUGGAAGGCGGAGGUGAGUUUUAUGAAGGACGGGAAAUUGGUUUGGUGGAGAGAGGCCGCAAAAGUGCUCUGUCAUCAGCUGCUUGAUGCACAUCAGCUGGCCUCUCUGCUGCUGUUGGGUCUGCUGGGACUCGAGGCCAUGCUGGUGUCACGCUGGCCUCAGCAGACUCGGAGAUUCAGGACUUCUCGCUGGGCGCAGCUCAGCUGCCGUCUGGCCUGGAUGCUUGUGCUGCUGGAACUCACGUCUUUGCUACACUGCAAAACAUUGCAGGACUUCAGACUUCAGACGUACCCCUCAGCAUUUCAGGAUGCUCAGAUUUCCCCUCCUGGCAUCGUGCUUCCCCCCUCCCUGCCUACUUUCUCAUGUUAUCUGAGGAAGAUGUUAUGGCUGGUGAAUUUAUGGCUGCAUUACACCAUCUUCUAUGGUCAACCACAGAGGAAAAAGAGUUCUUAUCAUUAG